GGACUCGCAUUAUUGUCCCCCUACGAUUCUACACGAACCAUAUCAUAGGAGCCUACUGCUUGUUCCAAGAGUACGAGUUACUGCGCCUCAGCUGGAGCUCAUUCCAGCAUUUGUUGCGGUUUGAAAAAGACGUGGAAUGGUUGUUCCUUACCAGAGGUGCUACAUUUUUUUUUUACUCCGAGUCUUAAGUUACAGUAGUAUCAUUCUCAAUAAUCGCUUUUUUUUUGGCGUCUUCAUCUUUUACGUGCAUGCAUCUACGGAUCGUUCUACAGUAGUGAGAGAAUAGCAGGAAGUAUACGCGUACGAUCCGCGUUGAAGCAGCUGCACAAGCACCAGGAGGAAAUUAGCAUCAGCACAUGUACACCGCUCGUACCACCCGACUUCCUCACCCACUCGUUAUCUACCCAUUGGAACCUUGAUGCUGACGUGUAGAGCACCUCAAGAUGUAUUAUUACCCACUCCGGAAGCUGCUAUUUUGCAAACCUCGUUCUGGUCAAUGCUUACCGCUCCCUUUCUCCUGUGAAGCCUUUGAAGGGUCGGGUAUUUUUGCUAUAGCGAUACAGAGGUUAUAGAUCGGUACGACGACUCUGAGUGUCAAUCCGUUUUGAAGCACAACUUCAAUCAGACCCACAUCCACUAGCAAAGGCAGCACGGCGAGUAGCAGGUCGCAACCGCAAGUGGCAUAAAUCCCCCCUGCACCACCUUAUGCACGACUAUCACCUUCAGCCAACUCUCAUGGAACGACGACAAGCUGUUCGCUUCCAACCCCACUGGGUGCCAGAGGUCAAGACCACAGUCUAUGGGAAGGCGGAAUUUGCGACGAAAGCACAUGAGGAGGACAGGGCUAGAUGGAAGGUAUACACAGACGGAUCAGGGAUCGACGGAGGGGUGGGAGCAGCAGCAGUGAUUACCUAUGAUGGGGUGAUCAAAGACGAAGUCAGACUGUACGUAGGGCCAGAGGAACACCAUGAGGUAUAUGAGGUGGAGGUGGUUGGCCUAGCACUGGGGAUAAUCUUGAUGAAGAAACACCGGGUUAACAGCAGGACAUCGAUCUGGGUCGACAACCAAGCGGCAAUCUUGGCAAUAGGAAAUGCAAAAGCAGGAUCAUCACAUUACCUCCUUGACAUCAUCCACUCCCUAAUCCACAUGCACCGCAACCGAGCACCACGCUGCGAAAUCUUGAUCAGAUGGAUUCCAGGUCACACGGGUAUCCAGGGAAAUGAGAAAGCGGACAAAGCAGCGAAAGCGGCAGCACAGCUGGACGUUUCUGACCCAUCGGAGUACCCCCUCCCCCACGCUAUGACGAAAAUAUUACCCCGCAACCGGGCAUCGAUUGUCAAGACAUACAGGAAGCAACUACAGGGCAGUCAUGAUAGCAUGUUCGAGAAAUCGCCCUGCCAUGGACGAUUCACAAGGCUAUGGCCUGGAGGUGCAACACAAAGCUCCAACAUGUUCAGAAGGCUCGCCACAGAUCUACCAAAAAAGCACACCAGCGUACUAACACAACUACUUACGGGCCACAUUGGACUCAACCACUACCUGCACCGCUUCAACAUCGCCGAGUCCCCCACAUGCCCCUGUUGCAAGGAGUCAGAAGAGACAGUAGUGCACUUCCUACUACGCUGCCCAGCGCACACCAGAGAAAGGAACCGGCUACGGACCAGACUGAGGAACAUGAACGCCGAUAUGAAACAGAUGCUCACUACGAGAAGUGGAGUCAGAGAGACCUUAAGGUAUGUGGAGGAGACAGGAAGGUUACAAUCGGUAUUCGGCACCAUACCAGAGCUACCACCAGACACAGAAGACAAGGAAUAAGGUGAACAGGAGAAAGGCAGGAACAGAGAAGGGUGGACUGGACUGGACAGAUGCAGGAGAGCGGACACGACAAGACAACUCCACCUUGCUAAGGCGAUAAGCCGAGGCUCCAACGCCCACACGCGUUGACAGAUUCACCUCUGGUGAACACAACACAUGACAAGUCGGAAUAGAUGACAGGACGGACAACGAAGUAUAUAGUACAGUACACGCUACAUAUGUAAAUACAUU